AUGGGGAAGAGAAAGUCGAGGAGUAAGCCAGUGAAGAGAAGAGUGGAGAAGCUUGAGACUGUUUUCAGUUGCCCUUUCUGCAACUAUGGCCGAAACGUCCAGUGCAGAAUUUACAAGGUGAAGCUGGCAUCGGGAGGGGAGAAAUGGAUUGGCACUGCCGACUGCUAUAUCUGCCAUGAGGUCUUUCAUACUCCAGCCACGGCUCUCACUGAACCCAUUGACAUUUACAGUGAAUGGAUCGACGAAUGCGAGAGGGUCAACAAUGAAUUACUAGACAAAUGCGAGCCGGCCAACAAGCGCAAUCGAUGUGAGGUGUAUUGA